CACAGCCUCCGCGAUUGCAGUGGCGCGCUUUCGGCUCCUUCUACGCCGUUCGACAUUCAUUCUUCGCGGCUUCGCGACCGUGUCAACGCUCGAUCGACGCGCGUUUCCACGUUUGCACGACUGCACGCUCGCACGUUGCACGAGCAGAGGGUCCGUUCCGACGAAGCAGCUUUAUCGUCCGUCGUUCAUCCAGACCGACGUCCGUCGACCACGGUCAUCCGACGCAAGCCAUGAAACUCGCUCUGUUCGCAUUGCUGGCUGCCGGCUGCCUGAUAGCCGCGGUUAAGUCGCUGGAGGAGGAAUACGACUACGAGGAGGAAGCGGCCGCGCCGAUCACCCCGGCUCCGGCCAGAUCCAACUCUCCUCGACUCGGAGGACUGCUGUCCUCGCGAGGACGAACGAACGUCGCGAGGAAAACACCGGCAGCGGCGGCACAAUCGACCACGGCGAAACCGAUCGAGCAACCGGCAGAAGCCGAGGAAGAGGGAGACGAAGAGUACGAGGAGAAUGCCGAACAGCAGGAAGAGCAAACCCCGACCACUACCACGGAAUCCUCCAAGAUAGUUCGCGGCGGUGUCAGACCUUUCAGGUCGAAUCAGGAUCUGUUGGCCGCGCUGAAGAGAAGGAGAGCCCAAGCGGGAGCACCCGGCAACGGUAAUCGAGAGUCCACGGCUGCUCAAACCGCCACCGAAUCGUCCACGACCAAAUCCAAGGGCACGUCGCAUAGUCGCAACAAAAGCAACGGUGGCAGCGAAGCGAAGUCGUCGGGACGCGGCAGGUUCGGAGCGACCAGAGGCAGCAAACCCGUACAGGAGGAGGUCGAGGAGACCCAGCGAGAAGAGGUCCAAGUGAAGCCUAAACCCUAUCGCCGGGGAUAGAUCGUGCAACGACGAUCACGCGAAACUAGUAAAUCCAAUUCGGCCGAACGAAGCCUGUCGUCCAUCCCGUCGAAGCAAACUCUUCUCGGACGAAGACGCUCGAUACGCGUACGGCGAAUAUUUUUCCACUUUCUAAUUAUCGAACGGAUCAAAAACCGAGACGCGUUCAAAAAAUAAAGACGCGAAACGAACUGCGCGAAUCUUGGUUCGCGCGCACCGGACGAAACGCGCAUUCGAUUAAGACAAGUGUACAUAGAAGAAGGCUGCCAUUCAUCCAACACUCAACGUACUUACUGUAUAAAUGUAAAUUAAUGCGUCAAUAAAAUUCAUGAAAAAAAAAGAAGAAACUC